AUGGUACAAAAUGUAGCAGCUAAAAAUCCUAAUGAAUUAGAUGAAAUAACAAUUCUUUCCACUUUAAAAAUAUAUAAAGAUAAACUUCCAGAUGAAGCCAUUGUCUCCAUUCGUGAACAAUUACCUGAAGUUUGGACCACGAAAAAGGUACGGAAAUGGUGGAACUAUCAUAAAAACAAGUAA